CACGCGAACCUUACAAAGCGUCACGAGUUGCACGAAUGAUCAUGGAGAGCUGGGAGGAAACAACAGCAGUUAGCCAGCAACAACUGUCAGUAAUGCAAUAAUUUAGCGACAGUUAGAGGGGUGAACUACCGGAGUCCACCAUGGCUAACAUCACCAAGAAAGUGUCGUGGUCCAGCCGAGCCGACGAGUCCGGGGCGGCCGGGGAGGGGACACCGCUGCUCAACGGUUCCGAGCAGCCUAGACACUCCAGACAGCCUUCUGAAGGAGGCAGUUUAUGUCAGAUAGGCAGACUCAGCACGGUGGAUUUGGAAGAGGAGAUAACGUCAGAUGAGGAGUCUCAAAGAGGGCGACCCAAAGAGAUCCCUCACAAUGAGAAGCUGCUGUCACUUAAAUAUGAGAGUCUGGACUAUGAUAACAUUGAAAACCAGCUGUUUCUGGAGGAGGAGAGGAAGAUGAGUUAUAUGGGUUUCCGCUGUCUGGAGAUCAGUCGCUGGGUGGUCUGUGGUCUGAUUGGCUUUCUGACUGGCCUCAUCGCCUGUUUCAUAGACAUCGUGGUGGAGCAGCUGGCUGGGAUCAAAUACCAAGUGGUCAAAGAGAACAUAGAGAAGUUUACAGAGGUGGGUGGCCUGUCCAUCUCCCUCCUCCUCUGGGCUGUCCUCAACUCCGCCAUUGUCAUGCUGGGAGCCAUCAUCGUUGCGUUUUUUGAGCCUAUCGCAGCAGGAAGUGGUAUUCCUCAGAUAAAAUGUUACCUGAAUGGAAUCAAGAUUCCCAGGGUGGUACGACUCAAGACACUGGUAGUGAAAGUGGGCGGUGUUAUCUGUUCAGUGGUUGGCGGACUUGCUGUCGGAAAGGAAGGGCCCAUGAUUCACUCUGGUGCUGUUGUGGCUGCAGGUGUCUCCCAGGGCAGGAGUACCUCUUUAAAGAGAGACUUCAAGAUCUUUGAAUACUUUCGGAGAGACACAGAAAAAAGGGACUUUGUUUCUGCUGGAGCUGCCGCUGGAGUUUCAGCUGCUUUUGGAGCGCCAGUCGGCGGCGUUCUGUUCUCUCUAGAGGAGGGAGCUUCUUUCUGGAACCAGAUGCUGACAUGGAGGAUAUUCUUUGCCUCCAUGAUCUCCACCUUCACCCUCAACUUCUUCCUGAGUAUCUAUCACAACAAACCUGGAGAACUUUCAAAUCCUGGUCUUAUCAACUUUGGACGUUUUCAGGGCGAUAGUGUGGCCUAUAACCUCUAUGAGAUUCCCUUGUUCAUCGCUAUGGGAGCUAUAGGGGGACUUCUGGGAGCUCUGUUCAACGUUCUCAACUACUGGCUGACCAUCUUCAGGAUCAGGUACGUCCACCGCCCUUGUUUACAAGUGAUGGAGGCCAUGUUGGUUGCUGCAGUGACUGCAACAGUGUCAUUCACCAUGAUCUACUUCUCUAAUGACUGUCAGCCUCUGGGGCCAGAGCACACUGAAGAGUACCCACUGCAGUUGUUCUGUGCAGAUGGAGAGUAUAACUCCAUGGCAACAGCUUUCUUCAACACUCCCGAGAGAAGUGUCCGCAGCCUCUUCCACAACCAGCCAGGAACCUACAAUCCACUGACGCUGGGCUUGUUCACUCUGACCUAUUUCUUCCUGGCGUGUUGGACCUACGGCCUGGCGGUUUCUGCUGGAGUUUUCAUCCCAUCUCUGCUAAUAGGAGCAGCCUGGGGGAGACUGUGUGGAAUCCUGCUGGCCACCAUCACCCCCGACGGCUCGAUCUGGGCUGAUCCUGGUAAAUAUGCCUUGAUUGGAGCUGCAGCUCAGUUAGGUGGCAUUGUGAGGAUGACUCUCAGUCUGACUGUCAUCAUGGUGGAGGCUACAGGAAAUGUCACAUACGGUCUUCCCAUCAUGCUCGUCCUCAUGACUGCCAAGAUAGUAGGAGACUACUUUGUAGAGGGUCUGUACGACAUCCACAUCAAGCUGCAGAGUGUUCCCUUCCUGCACUGGGAGGCUCCUGCCACCUCACACUGGCUCACUGCCAGAGAGGUGAUGAGUUCUCCAGUCACCUGUUUGAACAGGAUAGAGAAGGUGGGAACCAUCGUGGACACCCUUAGCAACACAUCCACCAAUCACAAUGGCUUUCCUGUCGUCGUGAAGGUUUCUGGUAGUGAUGAGCCACCGAAGCUCUGCGGCCUCAUCCUCCGCUCUCAACUCAUUGUUCUUCUCAAGCACAAGGUGUUUGUGGAGCUGGCCCGGUCCCGGCUGACCCAGAGGAAGCUCCAGCUGAAGGACUUCAGAGACGCCUACCCUCGCUUCCCCCCGAUCCAGAGCAUCCACGUCUCCCAGGAUGAGAGGGAGUGUAUGAUGGACCUCACUGAGUUCAUGAACGCAACGCCUUACACCGUACCACAGGAAACAUCUCUGCCUCGUGUGUUUAAACUGUUCAGAGCUCUGGGACUCAGACAUCUGGUGGUAGUGGAUGAUGAGAACAGGGUGGUUGGACUGGUGACCAGGAAAGACUUGGCCAGAUAUCACCUGGGUAAACAUGGACUGGAGGAACUUCAGCUGGCCCAGACAUAGUACACACACUGACACACACACACACACAAACCCAUGAACUAUGACCACCUGAUGCCUCGUAAAGCUGUUGACCGCCAGCUAUGCAGCCCAAAAGGACACUAUCGAGGGCCAAGAGAUCACUUUUAUUCUUUGAUGCCAAAAAGGUCACCAUGGCAACACAGUCCCCCUCCAUUUACAAGUGUGGGUUAUCAACAAAAAGUCACAUUUAAUCGUCUUAACUGCUCUUGGUGUAAAAAUUGGAAGAAAAAAACAAAAAAAGCCCCUCUGUUAAAUCUGUGCAAAAUGUGAGCUCUGGUUUUAUUCAGGACUUAUAUUAUUAUUUAUUAUUAUCACAGUUUUCUUUGGCGGCGGCUGUGCUGAGGCAUCAAACAAUAGUUUAGCACAGGGCUUUGUUCGAAAAAAUAUUUGCUUCGUCUGAGAGUUGCGUACGUUUUCAUAGGCCUCAUGAAUAAUAAAAUCGAAUAAUGAUGGUAAUACAUUUAAAGAAUGCCAGGUGAGAAAAUUCAGCUACGUUCCCUGAUAAACAGAAAACUCUUUGUUUUGUUCACAAAAGCAUCCGCACAUGUGUCUCCCUGUCUGUUCUCAAUCCACAACAUCACACUAACAGUUGAUUGUUUGUCCCAUUAUGAAGUAAUGUGAUAAUGAAGUGAUACAUUAUUAAUCAGUAAUAAUGUUGAUAAUUACAUUUUUAAAUAAUUCAGAUGGAAGCUUUUUAUGUCUUGAUAUUGAACUAAACAAGACAUUUAAACUGGUUUGCCUUGAAAACCUGAUUUUGAGAGGGUUCACUGACUAUGUAAGGUUUUUUUUUGGCAAUGUUAGCAAACUUAAUAUUUUCCAUUUGUUGUGUAGUUUUGCACUGAAAGAUUGUUGUUAUUUAUUGUUGACGUUGAAUACUUGUUUUAGUUUUAAGUUUAUGGAUUGGAAAGAAAGUUUGGGUUUCACAUCACAUCAUCCAAGACAAGACUCAAGGAAGGAGAAAAGGCUUCACGUGAUUGGUCACCUGAUCACCUCCAUCCUCUUUCUGUCAGCUUUACUCAGCACACACACAUAUAUCUAUAUUUGUACUACUGUCAGUAAAAAUGGUAUUCAUGUGUUUUUAUCACCACCAAAUAUUUGCAAAUGUUUGCACUUUUACCUCCUACCUGCUGAAAAAAGUAUCUUGGCCUGACAUACCAACAAGUGUCCCUCAUGAAGCUCUAUAUGAAUGUAAAACCUGUUUACCACACAAAAUAAUCAGUUUAUCCUUUCGUCACCCAGUCAGGAUACUGCACCAACACACAAAUAUUCAAGUUUAUAAUUAUUUUAUUUUGUCAAUUUGUGAAAAUCUAACAUUUCUUCAAUUACCAGUGUUAAAUUUUUUUUUUGUGUGUGUGUGCGCUCCCUUGUUUUUACUCUUUGAUUUCAUCCCCUUUGUGGUCCUUCUUUGUUGAACAGUUCUUGAUGUUAAAAUAUCGACUAUGCUCUAUUUUAUAACCACUAGGUAAGCCUUUUUGUGAAUUAAUAAAGUUGAAAUUUAUCUAUUGUUA